AGAGAGCGUGAGCCUCGUCCCAGGAGUCCCGAUCGGCCGAUCCCCACCACCCCACCCCACCGUCCCGCGCCCACCACCAGUCCACCGCCGCACGGCCGAGCUUGCGUAGGAUCCGGGCGAGAAAAGCUCCGUCCGGUCGAAGCCCCAAGGACACAAAGCCCACCCGCCACCCCGCUCCACCACCAAAGCGUCGCAUGCCUCGCUCCCUCGCCGGCGACCUCACCGACCCGGAGAUGGCGCAGCCCUACAUGAAGAAGGAUGACGACGACUCCGACAUCGAGUACUCACCAUUUUUCGGGAUUGAGAAGGGGGCUGUUCUGCAGGAGGCACGUGCUUUCCAUGACCCCCAGCUUGAUGCCAGACGAUGCUCGCAAGUUAUCACCAAGCUAUUAUAUUUAAUUAAUCAAGGAGAGUCAUUUACAAAGGUUGAGGCCACAGAAGUUUUCUUUGCAGUUACUAAGUUAUUCCAGUCCAAUGAUGCUGGUCUCAGGAGGCUGGUGUAUUUGAUGAUCAAAGAGCUUUCUCCAUCAUCAGACGAGGUUUUCAUAGUCACAAGCUCAUUGAUGAAAGAUAUGAACAGUAAGACAGAUAUGUACCGUGCCAAUGCAAUUAGAGUUCUCUGUAGAAUAAUUGACGGCAACCUCCUUACUCAAAUCGAGAGAUACUUGAAGCAAGCUAUUGUAGACAAAAAUCCUGUGGUUGCUAGUGCUGCUCUUGUUAGUGGUAUCCACCUGCUUCAGGCAAAUCCAGAAAUCGUGAAAAGAUGGAGCAACGAAGUGCAGGAAGCUGUGCAAUCAAGAGCUGCACUUGUGCAAUUUCAUGGCCUUGCUCUUCUUCACCAGACCAGACAGAAUGACCGUUUGGCUGUUAGCAAGCUCGUCUCUAGUUUGACUAGGGGGUCAGUGCGCUCACCCCUUGCACAAUGUCUUCUGAUUCGUUACACGAGCCAGGUAAUACGUGAGUCAAGCAACACCCAAAGUGGUGAUCGCCCAUUUUUUGAUUAUCUGGAAUCAUGUCUCAGACAUAAAGCAGAAAUGGUGAUUUUAGAGGCUGCGAGGAAAAUAACAGAGAUGGAUGUGACAAGUCGUGAAUUAGCACCAGCGAUUACCGUGUUACAGUUAUUUUUGAGCUCAUCCAAACCCGUGCUUCGAUUUGCAGCUGUCCGAACACUCAAUAAGGUUGCUAUAACACGCCCUUUGGCAGUGACAAACUGCAAUGUUGACUUGGAGAGUCUGAUGUCAGACCAGAACAGGAGUAUAGCGACCCUGGCAAUCACUACACUUCUUAAAACUGGCAAUGAAUCAAGUGUGGAUCGCCUCAUGAAACAAAUUACCAGUUUCAUGUCUGACAUAUCAGAUGAAUUCAAGAUAGUUGUCAUUGAAGCUAUACGAUCUCUUUGCCUGAAGUUCCCACUGAAGUAUCGUUCAAUGAUGAUUUUCUUAAGUAACAGUUUGAGAGAAGAAGGGGGCUUUGAGUAUAAAAAGGCCAUAGUUGAUUCUAUAGUUACCCUGAUCGGCGCGAUACCAGACGCGAAAGAAAUUGGUCUUCUGCAUCUUUGCGAAUUCAUUGAAGACUGUGAAUUCACAUAUCUUUCUAGUCAGGUUGACACAUCUUCAGGGGAAGCUGAUGAAGAUGGUGUGGAGGAUGAAUACCAACUAGAAGACCUUGAAAUUGUUUCAGCUGAUUAUAUGCUGAGGGUCGCAGUUUCUAACUUUAGGAAUGCCUGGGAGAAUAUGGACCCAGAAAGUGAGCGUGUGGAUGAGUAUGGACUCGGGGCUAGAGAGAGCUUGGCUGAGGCCGUGAGUGCUGUCACUAGUAUCCUUGGCAUGCAACCGUGUGAGGGCACUGAGGUUGUACCAAGCAAUGCAAGAUCGCAUGUUUGCCUGCUUUCUGGAGUGUAUAUAGGGGGCGUCAAGGUUCUUGUCAGGUUAUCAUUGGGACUAAGCGGGCCCAAGGAAGUGGCAAUGAAGCUGGCGGUAAGGUCAGAUGACCCCGAAGUCAGCGACAAGAUCCAUGAGAUUGUUGCCAGUGGGUAAAACGGAUGGCGGCCUCUGCCCCUGCCGAAACUUGUGUAGAGCCGGUAAAUAGUCUUCAGUAUCAUGUCAGAAAGAAAAUAGUUUUCAGUUUUGUGAGAAAAUUGUACUGUACCUGUUGAUGCGUCGGUGUUUACAGAAUGCUCUUGGCUUCCUGCGUACUGCUGCUCAGAAGUCAGAAGUGUAUCUUGUACCCAUUGCGUUCAGCCGUUCACUGCACAGUUAAUUUCUGAGCAUGCUUUCGUCUCAAAUAAAAUAUGUUAUGGUGUAUUGA